AUGGAGGGUGCGCGGAGGGAUGGAAUGUUUGCUGGGGGAUGGAGGGUGCGCGGAGGGAUGGAAUGUUUGCUGGGGGAUGGAGGGUGCGCGGAGGGCUACGCGCAGGGGCGGCUCCACCGCCCGCCUCCCCCCCCGCGCUCGCCGCAGCGCAGGGGGCGGCCCCGCGGGUGGGGCCGGGCCGCGGGGCGGAGCGGAGGGUCCCCGAAAUCCGUGCGGAGCCCCUGGGAAGCGAUGCUUGAGCCGCAGUCUCGGAGCCCGCGGACCGGAGCCCCCGGCGCUGCAGCCGCCGCCGCUCCCACGGCAGCCCCGGUCCCCCACGUCCUCAACUGCGGGGGUCCUCCCGGUGCAACACUUUCUUCUCCCGGCUUUGAAGCUUCCCGGGAGCCCACAGCCCCAGAGCUGUUCCCGAGGUGGGGAGUGUCAUUAUCUCCUUGUGUUCACCACCGAGCUGGCAGCUGCCCUGGCCGCACCCUCAUGCCAGGCCUAGGGUGCGAUGCCUCUCCUGGUCCGUGCCAUCGGGCCGGCCCGUGUGCCUUGCAGGCUGUGCUGUGCAGAUGUGCUGCCACGUCAUGAGUUCCCUGUCCUGCAGCUGCACAUCGCAGAGCCCUG